GUUCCCAUGGAGGCAGAAAGGUCGCCGGUUGGUCAGCUUUCAGCUGAGGCUGCCCGUGUCCCCGAGGCUGCCGAGCUCAUCAGCCAGAUCAGAGGAUACUAUGACAGCAAGUGAGCAGGCAGGAGAGGAAAGCAGCACAACACGCACUUGUGCCGUGCUUUUGCUUUGAAGAUACUGGCAUCAGCUGACGGAUGCAUUGUUCGAGUACCUGCAAAUGCCUCAAGUGGCCGGCGAUGCUGCUGCACUGCUCGAGUUCCACCACAACUUCGUCAGGAGCGUCGAGAAACGCAUCAACCCGUUGCGUAUGGUCCAGCUGCUGAAGAUUGUCUGCGCCAACCAAGGUGAGCAUCGGACGCGACUGCGAACAUCGCUAAUUCGUGUAUGCAUUGUGUGGCACAAAAGAUGCGGACAGGGCGCUGGCAAUUCUCGAACCUUACGAAGAGGUCCUGAAGAACCAACCCGAAUCCAACGCUGCACAAAUGCUGUGGAGCUGCCUGAAGGUGACAUCAGACACAGGGGCCAAGCCGACUCACGAGUGGCAGUUGGCCCCAAUGUGUACACCACUUGUGUACAGGUUCAUCACAUGGUUGCGAAGGGCGAGUACAUGGAAUGCCGGGAUCGCCUGGAGGUGCUUCAGCAGCAGCUGGAGGACACGCACGGUGUAGAUGUUGCUGUUUCAGCCGCAUACCACGGGGCAUGGGCCGAUCUGCACAAAGUUAGCAUGACAUCUGAGUACUGUGCAGACGCUUGAGUGCAUGCAUCUGUCGCGCCUUCCUCUUCAGGCUAUGGGACGGCCCGAGUUGUAUUAUGCGAGCUGUCUCCUCUGGCUUGCGUACACUCCUAUCCGUACACGCCCACACAUAGAAUCUCACUGAUCUUGAGUGAGUGCGUGCUUUUCCCUCAGAGAACAUCCCCGAAGGAGACCGUCCAAAGAUCGCAUGUGACAUAUCGGUGAGGAUGAGUCAUUUGCAGAUCCUGACCAUCUCUCACUACCUGACCUUUUCUGACCUAUUCUCAGAUUGCGGCACUCCAGGCCUCUGACAUGUUCAACUUCGGCGAGCUGGUGGCACAGUUGGCCAACACUUCGCAACCACGUCCCAGCAGAAUGUUUGGGUAUUCGAUAUACUGUCUUUUACCUGCUCAGGUCAAUCAACCUCUCGUGCAGUCACUUAAGGGCACACCGGAGUACUCGUGGGUGUCUGACAUGCUCGCGGCUUUCAACGAAGGACAGCUCGACCUCUACGACAAGGCGGUGCAGCAGCACGCGUCGACAAUCCAGAACUCCGAGCUCAAGGACGUCCUGAACACGACCAUGCGACAAAAAAUCACACUGCUUGGUACUCACUACGAAACAGAUGGUCGUCACGGCAUCUGCUCGGCUGUGGGACCUGUCAGCCCUCAUGGAGCUUGCAUUCCGUAAGCCGAAGCUGCAACGCAAGCUCGAUUUCGGUGAAAUCGCUGCGCACUGCCGCGUACCCGUCAACGAGGUCCGUACCACGCCCCUGCUUGAGCACCCGUCAGAGUGGUAGUUACCCAUGACUGUCUCCGUGUAGGUAGAGUUCCUUGUAAUGAAGGCCAUGGCCAACAACCUCAUGCGGGGCGCCAUCGACGAGGUGAGUGAGGGAUAAACUAUGGGCGAAAUCCUUCACAGUAAGACGUGUCUCCUUCAGGUCGACAAGGUUGUGCGCGUGACCUGGGUUCGCCCUCGCAUUCUCGAUAAGGCCAGGUGAUGAUCCCCGGGCAGCAAAGCAGAUGACAUUGAAUGUGGCCUGGCUGCUCCUUUAGGUUGGCGCUGAUGCGGGAGCGCAUUUCGUCGUGGGCUCAAUCUGCCAGGGGUCUCCUCAUCAACUUAGAGGAAGUGACGCCUGAGCUUCUCGUAUCAUAGUAUCCACGUGCAGGAUCUGUGAUGUCGGGGUGUGGACAGACUCUACACACACGAUUUAUCACAUCUCAUGCAGUAUGAACAGAGGAAGUGCAUGCAUGGAAAGCGCCAUACACAAUCUGCAGACACGAAACGAUAUUGAUGAAGGCCUACCAUCAGAA